CCAAUGUUUAAAUUACACUAUUGAUUUGUUCGAUGCGAACGAGGCCUCCCUCCUUUUCUUCUCAGAAGCUCCGCCAACCAUAGCGGCGAUUUCCCCAACCAACCUUCAUUUUCAUUUCACCAUUUCACUCCCUCAUUCUUAUAGCUCACACCCUCUUCUCCUCCUUCUUCUUCCAAGCCACUCUCUCUCAUUCUCACACACAAACAAUGGCUCAGGUUGUUGCCACUCGAUCCAUUCAGAGCACCACUCUCUUGAACCCCGCUUCUGGAUCUGCACAUGACAGGGCUCAGAAGCUCUUAAAACCUGCAACUUUUUCUUCCAAGGUGUUCUCCUCAGAAGGGAACAAGGGAUAUCGAGUUGGCUUCAGAAGCUCUCAGAUCAGUGCCAGGAAAUCGGCACCUGUUGAGGUUGUCCCUGUUUCACCUGAAGAUGAUCCAAAGAUUGAGCAGCAUUUGCAGCAUUUGCGUGGGGUGGAGCCACUUGGUGACAGUUCGGUUGGAAUGUGGUCGAAACCGGCGUUUAGGCGCAAGACAAAGAUAGUGUGCACUAUUGGACCUUCUACUGAUACCAAGGAAAUGAUUUGGAAGCUAGCUGAAGCUGGGAUGAAUGUUGCUCGUCUCAAUAUGUCUCAUGGUGACCAUGCUUCUCAUCAGAAAGUUAUUGACUUGGUUAAAGAGUAUAAUGCACAACACAAGGACAAUGUCAUUGCAAUUAUGCUUGAUACUAAGGGUCCUGAGGUUAGGAGUGGGGAUUUGCCACAACCAAUCGCAUUAUCAACUGGGCAAGAAUUCACUUUUACUAUUAAGAGAGGUGUUGGAACUGCAGAUUGUGUUAGUGUGAACUAUGAUGAUUUUGUCAAUGACGUGGAAGAGGGGGACAUGAUUCUUGUUGAUGGUGGCAUGAUGUCUCUGCUGGUUAAGUCUAAGACAGAUGAUUCGGUGAAAUGUGAAGUUGUUGAUGGAGGGGACCUCAAGUCAAGACGACAUUUGAAUGUUAGAGGAAAAAGUGCAACACUGCCUUCAAUCACUGAGAAGGAUUGGGAUGAUAUCAAAUUCGGUGUGGAUAACAAAGUCGAUUUCUAUGCUGUUUCUUUUGUUAAGGAUGCUGAAGUUGUUCAUGAACUGAAGAACUAUUUGAAAAGCUGUGACGCUGAUAUACACGUCAUUGUUAAAAUUGAAAGUGCAGACUCAAUACCAAACUUGCAUUCAAUUAUCACCGCAUCUGAUGGGGCUAUGGUUGCCAGAGGUGAUCUUGGUGCAGAGCUCCCUAUUGAAGAGGUUCCGCUUUUGCAGGAAGAGAUAAUAAGGUUGUGCCGUAGCAUGGGAAAGGCUGUCAUUGUGGCAACAAAUAUGCUGGAAAGCAUGAUUGUUCACCCUACUCCAACCAGAGCAGAAGUAUCAGAUAUAGCAAUUGCUGUUCGAGAAGGUUCUGAUGGAAUAAUGUUGUCUGGGGAAACUGCUCAUGGAAAGUUCCCGCUAAAAGCUGUGAAAGUAAUGCAUACAGUAGCAUUACGGACCGAAGCCACUAUAUCAGGUGGUCAAAUGCCACCUAAUAUCGGUCAAGUGUUCAAGCAGAACCACAUGAGCGAGAUGUUUGCAUACCAUGCAACCAUGAUGUCUAACACUCUUGGAACCUCGACUGUUGUCUUCACUAGAACGGGUUUCAUGGCUAUCCUUCUUAGUCACUAUCGUCCUUCUGGCACCAUAUUUGCAUUUACAGAUGAGAAGAGGGUACAGCAGAGGUUGGCUUUGUACCAAGGAGUCUGUCCUGUAUACAUGGAAUUCUGUGAUGAUUCUGAAGCGACUUUCAGAAGAGCCUUGGAUUUGCUGAAGGGGCAAGGAAUGGUGAAGGAAGGUGAAGAAGUGGCACUUGUACAAAGUGGCAGGCAACCCAUAUGGAGGUUCCAAUCCACUCAUAAUAUCCAGGUCAGGAAAGUGUGAACAAAAUGAAUUGAUAGCGAUGAAAUUUGGAAGAGCGUCUUCUAAUUGCCUCAUUGCGGGUUGGCCAGUCUUGAUCCCCCCCCCCCCCACUUUUUGCUUUGUUUUCUUCCUAGGUUUUUUUUUUCAUGGGUAUUACUUUUUCCUCUGUAAUUUUGUUACGGAAAUGCUGGACAUUGAGAAUUAUGUCAAGACGAAGAGCAACGAAUGAUUUUCAUUGAUCAUUCAUUCCGUAUAUGAAGGUCAACUCCCCAUGUAUUCUGUCCAAUACCCAAUAACUGUCAAACACCUAGGAUUUCGUUGAUUUCGCAAGUGCUUUAUGUCGUAACAUGUCGCACUACUCAUCUUGCUAUGUUUUUAAAUUUGUCACUAACAACUUGUAGUCCAUGUUACUGAAAUUUUGAUGACGAGUUAUAAUGAAAAAUGAUUUCAUCCGAUAA